CACCACCAACAGCACCACCAACAGCAGCACGACCACCCAGCAUCAUGGGGGAAGAGUUGAAAGAGGAGAAAGAGGAGGUGGAUCCUCCUCUGGACCAUUUGCAUCAUGCAAGGCUUCGUCUCUCAAGGGAUACGAGCACUCUGUGACUAUAAAGAAAGGGUUCCUUCUCCACUGGACGCUCGUUAAUGGCACCUCAAUCACCACCAACCGCACCAGCAGCAGCAGCAGCAGCAGCAGCAACACCCCCAGCGGCAGCAGUGACAUUAACAACAGUGCUAGUAAAGGGGGAAGGGCGAAGCUGCGCCUGGCGUUAGAGGCACAGCAGGGCAGCGGGGCUGAGAGCGGUUGGAUCUCCAUAGGCUGGUCAACGGACGGUCGGAUGGUGCCCGCUGAUGCUGUCAUCGGGAACCUUCCAGGAAGGAAGGUCGCUGAGUACUCCAUGACUGGUUACCGGAUAUCGGAUGUUACAGCUACCAGAAACUUUUCGGUCACUGAA